ACCCUACCCUGCUCUAAUUCUUGUUCCUUUUUCUUGGAGAUUCAUACAUAGCUCCUCGGUUUUGCCAGUUUUAAGAAGGUAAAGAUCCAUAUGUGGUCUGGUCACAAUAAUGGAAACGGAGUCUCCAAAGUAUUAAUGUCAUUAUAAGGGAGAAUCCCCGUUUCUUUGUCGCCUAUCUUUGGUUCUUUUUACGUUCGUGUCAGAUUCACCGAUUAAGAUAUGGUUCGUCCUAAGUCUGAGGAACUUUAUAAAACUGUGUCUAUUCUUCAUUUUAAGUGCCUAAGAAUUAAUAGAUACUAAAUCUUGUGUGAUCACAUCUUUGUUCAAAAGGAACUAUUUUACAAUUAGAAUACCAUUGAAAUAGUAUGAGACUUACUAUGCCCGUGCUUAGAUUAGUUUCCUGCGAUGAUUGUGCAACUCUUCUUGGUUGCCUCCAAGUAUUUUACCUGCCGGAGAGAAAGCAUGUUUAUAAUUAUAGGUGAGGUGAGAACCAAAUUGGAAUACUGUCCUUGUUGAUUUGGUUACAUUUAGUGGAUUGGGGAUGCCAAAGUAACCCUCCCUCCCGUUCCUCAAAUUGGAAAAAAAGUUGUAACUGAAAAUGAUUUGGUGUAUCUUACAAGAACAAGUGAGAAAGGAAAAUUUUCACUUGCUUUCUUCCUUUUAGUGUUUUUCUCUUUUUAAGUUUUUGGUUGGAAUUUACUAAUAGCGAGUAGAAAUGCAUCUUCUGGAGAUAUAUACAUGGUUUUUUCAUUCUUAAUUUUCUUAGUUGUCUUGCUACACCUUUUUCUUGUCACUUUUACAUAUUCUUGAUCUAUGUUAUCUACAGCUUCUGGUUUCUGAUGUGUCCAUACUACAUUUAUGUACACUUGUAUAUCAGUGUUUAACUGACACAUUAUCUGUUAUUCCAAUGGUAGCUUCUACUGUCAUUUGUACCUGCCUACUGUAAGUUCCCAUAGAACAGGGUUUAUCAGAAGUGCAACUAGGUCAGACACGUGUGAUGAGCUACGUGACUUCUCAGCUGGUGCAACCUUAUCGAGAUAGGCCAAAUGAAGGGACUCUCUCAAUUUUUACUGAAUUUUCACCAAUGGCUGAUCCAUCUUUUGAGGCAGGACGUCCUGGAGAAUUUGCUGUUGAACUUGGCCGUGUUAUAGAUCGUGGACUUCGGGAAAGCAGCGCUAUGGAUAUGGAAUCGUUAUGUGUUGUUGUAGGGAAAUCAGUAUGGUCCAUACGUGUGGAUCUUCACAUUGUUGAUAAUGGAGGAAAUCUCAUUGAUGCUGCUAAUAUCGCCGCUUUGGUUGCCCUCUUGACGUUUCGGAGGCCUGAUUGUACAUUAGGAGGUGAUGAUGGUCAGGAGCUCAUAAUGCAUGAUGCUGAGGUUAGGGAACCAUUGCCUCUAAUAAUCCAUCAUCUUCCUAUUGCAGUAACUUUUGCAGUUUUUGGUGAGGGUAACAUCAUGGUGAUUGAUCCAACACAUAAGGAAGAGAUGGUGAUGGGCGGCAAGAUGACUUUUACAAUGAACUCGAAUGGUGACAUUUGUGCUGUUCAGAAGGCUGGAGGAGUGGGUGUCAUGUCAAGCAUAAUAAUGCAGUGUUUACAAAUUGCUUCUGCGAAAGCUGCUGAUAUUACAAGUAAAAUAAAGCAUGCAGUAGAGAUAUACAACACUGAGAGAGCAUCACAGAAGGCUAACCAUUAUUUAUUAGAAGUGGCAAACCAAGUUAGUCUUUCUGAUGUCAUCAUGAAGGAGAAACAAGUUGAGAACUUAAUAGAACAUCUAGCAUAUAUGCCAUUGGAUGAACUAGAGAACUCUAAUCAAGGUGAUGCGUUGGCAGUUGACACAAGAACAAAGCACGAGAGCAUUAGCCAAGGAAGAUAUACUCGUGCAUUUGUUCGUGGUCCUGCAAAUUGGGAUCCAUACUCAAGGGGGAUUUCUUCACGUUUGGCUACAAGCUUUCCAACUUUACCUGGUCCUUCAACUAAAGUUAAGGAACACAAUGUUGUUACAAGCAAUGAGAUGACAGUUGAAUAUACUGUUGAGCAUACGACAGGUGCUUCUAGUUCUAGCACUAGAGUCUUAGGUGCUCCAGCCGUGAGACCGCACAGUAAAGGCCCAAAGAGUUUAAAAGAUGCUGUGAAAUUAAGAACUAGAAGGAAGAGUGGCAAUUGAACUAGAUUUACAAAAAAUUACCUCUUGAAGGCUUUUGGUGCGUUUUGUUAGGACCGAAGACCUUUUUACUGGAGACCGAAGAAACAACUCUCUUGCACGCUGAAAACUCUCUUGGAUGACAAUAUGUUUUGCUUAGUUUCUAGAAUCCAUAAAAAAUCAUAGUUCAGUUUGCUGUAUUUGUUGCAGCUGUUCAUAAAAAGCCAUAUAUUGUUUACUCGAGCGGUCACAUAAAAAAAUUGUGUCAAUAUCAAAUUAGUUCAGUUUGGUUGGCUUGAGAUUAUACCAAGUCAUGUCUGUUAUUCUAUUGUACAUUAGAAUCAAGGAAAGGUCUAGAUGUUAAGAUCUCAA